GUUUCCGGCUAGUCAUGUCCUACAUGGCCACAGACCCUGGCUACUACGCCGACACUUACAGUACGCUCUCAAAACAGUCAGUAGUCCUCCCAACUGUCCAACCGUCUCCCGGCACGAGCUUACAGGAUCGUCAGGCGCCGCAUGUCCCUCCGCCUGCGGCACACAUCCCGCUAGAUGAGGAAUUUUACGUUCUCGAUCCGUAUACGGGCCGAAAGCGACCAAACGUCGAGCUCCUCAGGGAACACUUCUUCCAUGAGGGGCGGCUCUCGCACGAGCAGGCCAUGUUCAUCCUCGAUCAGGCCACGGACGUGAUGACCCGCGAACCAAAUAUGGUUCAGGUCCCAGGUCCCGUCAUCGUAUGCGGAGAUAUACAUGGUCAAUACUACGACCUCAUGAAGAUUUUCGAAAUUGGUGGCUCGUUUGAGGAGACCAAUUACUUAUUUCUUGGAGACUAUGUUGACAGGGGAUGUUUUGGCAUCGAGUGUUUGCUGUAUCUCUACGCCCUCAAGCUGUAUUACCCUAAUCGACUGUUCCUGCUCCGUGGGAACCACGAGUGCAGGCAUCUAACAGAAUAUUUUACCUUCAAACGCGAAUGUCUGCACAAGUAUUCCGCCGAAAUUUACGACGCGUGUAUUAAAUCGUUCCAAGCGCUACCUAUAACUGCGCUUGUCGACGGAAGGUUCUUCUGUGUCCACGGUGGCAUCUCGCCGGAGCUGGACACGCUGAGAGAUCUGGAAUUGAUAAACCGCUUCGAGGAGCCGGCGUCGAAAGGGUUGCUGUGCGACCUGCUUUGGGCGGACCCUAUACCCAACUUCGGACACGAGCAAGAUCCGACGUAUGAUCGUCCUCAGGGACUGCCGCCAGGCGUUCCAUUCGUAGAUAACCAUACUCGUGGCUGCAGCUAUUACUUUACGUAUGAGGCCGCGUGCAAGUUCCUCGAGCGCAAUCAGCUCUUAGGAAUAUUUCGUGGCCACGAGGCGCAGGAUGCGGGGUACACCAUGCACCGCAAGACGCCAACCAAGAAAUUCCCGUCUGUCAUUACCAUCUUCAGCGCGCCGAACUAUCUGGAUGUAUACCACAACCGCGGCGCGGUGAUCAAAUAUAAGAACAAGAACAUCACUAUCCGACAAUACAAUGCCUCCUCGCACCCAUACUGGCUUCCGAAUUUCAUGGACGCCUUCACGUGGUCGCUCCCCUUCGUCGGCGCGAAGAUCACCGAGAUGCUGCUCGCGAUCCUCUCCGUGUGCUCGGACCAGGAGCUCGAGUCCGUCUCGUCCGAGGAGGACGAUGCAGACCGCCAACGCGGUUUGGACGACGACGACUCGGACGGCGACGACACGCGCACCGUCGCGGACCUGUCGCCCAGCGAGCUCGGGCAGAGGAGGCAGGAGAUUAAGAACAAGAUCUUGGCCGUCGGCAGAAUGCAGAGGGUCUUCCAACUCCUUCGAGAAGAAGCGGAGAACGCCACGGAGCUUACGCCCGCGCCCAACCCCGGCGGCCCCGGCCCGACGCCCACGUCGUGGCCGGGCGGGUUCGCGCCUCCGGGCUCAUCCGACGCGCUGGGCGUGCACGGAACGCAAGUGCGCAAGAUGAUCCGCUCGUUCAGCGACGCGCGCGCGUCGGACAUCGCCAACGAGCGCAUGCCGCAGUUCGACUACACCGCGCCGUCCGCGAUCCCGCUCGUGCCCGUGCCGAGCAUGCGCAUCCCUGGACUGAGCCUCGCGAGCGGGAGCGGGGUCGGGACGGGGGGUGUAGGCGACGAAAUUGAUAGCAGGAGGAAUAUGGAGGAGCUGAUCAAGAGAGCGUUGGAGGAGGAGGGGUUGGGCGAUGGCGGGAUGGUGGAGAGACUUGCGGAUCGGAUCGCGAGGGGUAAGAGGACGGCGCGGCCGAAGGCGCUGAAGAGGUUCGAGACUGCGCCGUAGCCUGUGAUGAGGUGAAUGGGAUGUGAAUAGGGCAUGUGCGGUCGUAUGAGGAGCAAGGAGACAGAUGGCGGUCGUGCGACAAUGCGGAGAGGCGAGGAUGUGUGUAGGAUACCCGGGCAGCGUGUAUUACCCUAUGCUACAGUAUCACAUUGCG